GCCGUAGCCUAGUUGGUAAUUUAAUUGUUUUUUAUUUAAAGGUACUGAGUCGGAAGUUACGACAUACUUCCGCUUUCACGGGUUGUGCUGUUUGACAGAAGAGGUUGUGUAAGGAAGGACACACGUGAGCACACCACUCUCUACUUCAUUAAGACGUUUGUUAGUGGAGAUGUCAAGCCUGUCAGCAGCCAGUGUGGAGGCUUCAGCAGCUCUAGAGGGGACAGAGCAGAAGAAACCUCUCAAACCAUGCUGUGCGUGUCCCGAGACCAAGAAAGCACGAGACGCCUGCAUAAUUGAAAAGGGAGAAGAAAGCUGCACCGAUCUCAUCGAAGCGCACAAGGAAUGCAUGAGGGCACUUGGCUUUAAGAUAUAACCACCACCACCAUCAUCAUCAUCAGAUUGAGUGAAUGGUAAGUGUAGCGACAAUGACCAGUCUCUUACAAACAAUAUCCUUGGUGAUAUUUCUCAUAUUUAUUUUUCCACUACAUACAAAUAAAAAUAAAAAAAAUCUGUAUCUUAUGUUUUGAGGACAUUUUUGUUUGUUUAAAGAAUCAUUUAUAAUGUUUUUUUAAAUUGUCUUUUCUUUCUUUUUGUAGCGUGACAACCUGUGUGAAAUGGAACCUGGUGUGCUCUUUUAUUUAUUCUUUUACACUGCAGGGACAAUUAUUUGGGGCUGAAUUUAUUCCUCUGAGGGAAAUGUUGUCUAUCUUUUUAUUUUUCUUAUGUCUUUCUUUUUAUUUUAUUUUCUUUCUUAUGUGAUUUGUGUACGUUUAUGGUCAAUAAAGAUCCUAUGCAAGAUGUUA